AUGGCUGAUUCGAACUGUUACACGUCUUGUUUGAGACGCGUUCGCAGUAUUAUACCUAUCGGCCUCAAAACAGAACUAAAGGAACUGGUUCCUCUAGCUUUGCCACUGUUUCUGUCCUACAUCAUGGUCUACUUGAUAGGUUUUAUCAGUUCUGUGUUCUGUGGACAUCUGGGGAGGACGGAGUUGGACGGAGUGGCUCUAGCUGUAGCUGUUUUUAAUGUUGCAGGAGUUGCAGUGGGCUGGGGUUUGUCAUCAGCCUGUGCCACAUUAAUAUCUCAGACUUAUGGAAGUGGAAACCUGCAGCGAAUUGGUGUGAUUGUCCAGAGGGGAUUACUUAUCUUAUUCUUGGCUUGUUUCCCAUGUUGGGCCAUUUUAAUCAACACAGAGACAAUAUUGCUGGCUGUGAAGCAGAGUCCUGAGGUUGCCAGACUUUCUCAGAUGUAUGUGAAGAUCAAUAUGCCUGCCCUUCCAGCAAUAUUCACAUUUGCCAUCGAGUCAACAUAUCUGCAAAAUCAAGGAAUUAUUUGGCCCCUGGUCAUCACUGGUGUUAUAGCCAAUGUGCUUAACGCCUUAAUCAACUACAUCCUCAUCUUUGUUCUGGGUCUUGGUGUUGCUGGCUCAGCAGCUGCUAAUGCUGUCUCACAGUAUAGCAUGGCUAUACUACUGUUCAUCUACAUCCGGUGGAAAGGUCUUCACAAAGAUACCUGGAACGGGUGGUCCAUGGAUUGUCUACAGGAGUGGGAUACCUUUUUACAUCUUGGUAUUCCAGGCAUGUUAAUGCUGUGUGCGGAAUGGUGGACCUAUGAGCUUGGAGGAUUUUUGGCUGGUUUAAUAAGUGAGGUUGAACUUGGAUCCCAGUCAGUUCUUCUUGAAUUGGCAAGUAUUGCAUAUAUGUUUCCAAUAGGAUUUAGUGCUGCAGGCGCUGUAAGAGUUGGAAAUGCUCUAGGGGCUGGAGACACCACCCUCGCUAAGCUGUCAGCCAAGCUCUCCAUAGCCUGUGCAGUUUCAGUCUCUGUGUGCUUGGCGAUUGUCAUCGGCUGUUCCAAAGAUGUCAUUUCUUACAUCUUCUCAAAUGAUGAACAGAUCAGAGAGAGAGUCAGUACAGUUAUGGUCCUCUAUGCCCCAUUUCACCUGCUUGAUGCAACAGCAGCAGCUGCUGGGAGUAUCGUUAAAGCUCUCGGGAAGCAAAAAUUUGGAGCAGCCGGAAACCUGAUUGGAUUUUAUGGAAUAGGCUUUCCUAUUGGAGCAUCUCUCAUGUUUGCCGCCAAAAUGGGCAUAUUUGGUAAAGAAAAAUCUUUACAUUUCUUCGAUUAUGUUUAUUUUUAUUGCAUGUUUACUCAUUUAUUUAUGAUUCUCUUGUUUCUUAUAGGUCUUUGGACGGGCCUUUUAAUUUCUGUCUUCUUUCAGGCAGUUUUCUUUAUAGUGCUUCUAUUAAAACUAAACUGGGUGAAGGCCACUGAGGAGGCACAGGUCAGAGCUGGAGUGGAGUCAAACGGGACAGAAAAUUCUGCAGUAGAGCAAGCCGAAGAUUUGGAGCCAACUGAAGGGCAUUCACACUCCGACAAAGUGGUUUUGACAGGGAAUCCACCCGAGAUCAAUGUCUGUACAGUGGGAAAUUCACUACCGUUAAAGGCCCUGCUAGUGCGCCGUGGCCUGACUUUAUUAGCCAUGCUUACUAUUUUGACAGUAGGGCUUGUUAUUCAUGCUACUGUGAAGAGGUAAAGACACAGCAGAUGGACUAGACAUGCUAAUUAACCAGAUGCAAUGAACCAGCUCUGGAAAAUAUGGCCAUAAGGUGCAAUGUGACCAGAUGCCCACAAGCCCUGCAAGAAAGUUGAGGUUUAAAGGGCGGUUAUGGGCAUUUUGGGCAUAUCUGUAUUUUUAAUUAUUCUAGGUCUAUGU